AUGAUGGCGGAGCAGGUGAAAUGCGCUUCGGCGGGGGGCGGCUCCGGAGCGGGCUCCGGGCAGGUGGUGAACACCGAGCUGGAGGUGAAGAAGCUGAAGGAGCUGGUGCGCAUGCUGGAGAAGCAGAACGAGCAGCUGCGUAGCCAGACGGCCACCGCGUCCGCCGCCCCGCACCUGCUGCUCCUGUCGCCGCCGCCGCCGCCCGCCGCGCCACCGCCCGCCGGGGCCUGUAGCCCCUUGGCCCCGCGGAGCCCUCCGGCCGCCGCCACGGCCUCGGGGGGCCUGGGGCUGGGGCUGGCCUUGGCUGCGGGGGGCGGCGGCGGCAGCGGCGGCUCCAGCUCCGCUUUCCCGGGGACCUACUGCCUGCCCAGCCCGGCGCCCUCCCUGCUCUGCAGCCUGGCGCAGCCCCCCGAGGCGCCCUUCGUCUACUUCAAGCCUGCGGCGGGCUUUUUCGGCGCGGGCGGCGGCGGCGGCGGCCCGGAGCCCGGGGGCGCGGGGACACCGCCGGGGGCCGCCGCCGCGCCCUCCUCGCCGCCCCCCACGCUGCUGGACGAGGUGGAGCCGCUGGACCUGGAGAGCUUGGCCGCUUGGCGGGACGAGGACGACUACACCUGGUUGUACGUUGGCUCUUCAAAGACAUUCCCGUCAUCAGAGAAAUCCCUGAGCCCUUUGCAGUGGUGUAGACAUGUCCUAGAUAACCCGACUCCGGAGAUGGAAGCGGCAAGGCGUUCCCUGUGCUUUAGACUGGAGCAAGCCAGCCGAUGGCGAAGUCUCUUCCCUUCAAAUGUCUCACUGGCUUUUCCUUAUAGUCCUGUGGCAAGACUCAGCCCUUAUAGCAAUGGCAUUAAUACUCCCAGCUUCUCUAAAACCUCAAAUAAAGCAAUACUAACACCUGAAAGAACAGGUUACACAUCCAGGGGCUCCCCUCUCAGUCCCCAGUCAUCCAUAGACAGUGAGCUGAGUACUUCUGAGCUGGAAGAUGAUUCUAUCUCCAUGGGAUACAAGUUACAGGACCUCACAGAUGUUCAGAUCAUGGCUCGUUUGCAAGAAGAAAGUCUCAGGCAAGAUUAUGCUUCUACUUCAGCAUCCGUGUCGAGACACAGUUCCAGUGUGUCACUGAAUUCAGGAAAAAAAGGGACAUGUAGUGAUCAAGAAUAUGAUCGAUUCAGCCUGGAGGAUGAGGAGGAGUUUGAUCAUUUGCCACCACCUCAGCCCCGUCUUCCAAGAUGUUCCCCUUUCCAAAGAGGAAUACCCCAUUCACAGACUUUCUCCAGCAUUCGGGAGUGUAGGAGGAGCCCCAGUUCCCAGUAUUUUCCUUCGAAUAAUUACCAGCAGCAACAGUAUUAUUCACCUCAAGUCCAGACUCCAGAUCAGCAGCCAAAUAGGACCAACGGAGGAGACAAGCUCCGAAGAAGUAUGCCUAACCUAGCUCGGAUGCCAAGUACAACCACUGUUAGUAGCAAUGGGAGUUCUCCAGUCACCGUGCGGAAUAGUCAGAGUUUUGACUCAAGCUUGCAUGGAGCUGCAAAUGGACUUUCAAGAAUACAGUCUUGUAUUCCGUCCCCAGGGCAGCUCCAGCACAGGAUGCACAGCGUGGGGCACUUCCCGGCGUCAGUGCGGCAGCCUCUUAAAGCCACGGCCUACGUGAGCCCAACCGUCCAGGGCAGCAGUAACGCGCCCUUAUCCAACAGCUUACAGUUAUACUCCAACACUGGGAUCCCCACCCCCACCAAAGCUGCAGCUUCCGGCAUCGUGGGCCGCAGUGCACUUCCAAGACCUUCGCUGGCAAUAAAUGGGAGUAACCUGCCUCGAAGCAAAAUUGCACAGCCUGUCAGAAGUUUCCUUCAGCCUCCAAAGCCUCUGUCUUCACUCAGCACGCUGAGGGAUGGAAACUGGAGAGACGGUUGCUACUGAUGCCGUUUUCUGUACCCUUAAGGAGUGGGAAAGAACUGGAAAUGAGGGUCGUGUUACCCAGCUGGCUGGGUAACAGCGGGUGUCAGGAUAUUCUUUCCCUUCUGCAUUUUAACACAUCUACUGCAUUUUCAGUGGACCAAUCACCAGAGACUAAUUAUUGCACUUAAAUAUUUGCCUGAGAUACUGCAGUGGUCACAGAUCCACGGUUGCAGUAU